AUGGUGAAGUGCGGUAGUGGAAGCGGCUCGGCUGCUCCUUCUACCGCCCCCUCACCUUCACACGAGGGGCGGCUGCCCUCCUGGACGGGGUGUAGCGCUGCGUCUACUUCUUUUGUGGAGGAUCGGGUGCGGUGCUUAGUGCACCCCGUAGGCGAGGCAUCACGCUUGCCGACGCCCCUGCAGCGCAUCCUUGCCAUCGUACUGCGCAUUCUCCAGCAAGAACGCGCGCAGCUGAAAGGGCAGCGCCCGUGUCGGCGGCACUCCCGGUCGCUUGGCACCGGCGUCGACGCUGAGGUCAUCGAGUGCAUAGUGGAUGCUGCGCAGGCGCCGUCGCUGGUGGCUGCUGCCGACAUUUUUUCCGCCUUUGUUGCUGCACACCUGAUGGACGGGUCCACGCUGCUCUCCUCCCCAGUUGUGCUGGUUGGUGCCGCCCUCGCUGAGGCUGUCACCCUUGGCCAGAUCGAGUCGUGCGUCAUACCCAUGCCAGAGCUACUGUCCUUCCUGGACGCAGCCAUCAGCGUUGGCCACCCCGGUGCGAUGCACUCUGUGGCCGUCUGCCUGCGCGAGGGGACAGCAGGCCUGCAGCGAGAUGUAAUAUCAAGCGAAACGUGGUUGCGCUGCGCGGCCUCGUCAGGCUACCUUCCUGCCAUGCACGAGCUCGGCGAGAGCUACGAACGUGGCGCACCCGCCUCUUCCAAGCUGCCCGCGGAGGCGGCGGAGGACGCCGCGGACUGGGGCGAGGCGAUGCAAUGGUAUCGACAGGCGGCAGAGGCCGGGUACCCGCCGUCGCAGCUGAACUUGGGUAAACUUCUCCUUGCAGCGACUGAGCAUGGCCAAAGCGAGGGCUCGGCCGCCGCGCCACAGGUGGCGCAUCUUCUCACGGAGGCCAAGCGUUGGCUUCACGCGUGCGCUGCAACCGGCGUAGAGGAGGCGGUGCGCCUCGUGAAGCGCAUCGAGGAGAAAGGUGCGCGCUAA